AAAUUAGAAGAAUUCUUUUGUGGAGAGGUGUGAAAAGAGGGCCGUGCUGUAUUUACUUAUCAUUUGCAUUUAUUUAAACUAUCUAAAUUUAUUUCAGGUUAACUUAACCUUGUUGUUGACAAAGAAGUGCAGAGGAUUUUAUGGUCGAGUAGUUGCAGACAGUGGCCGCGGAAGGGUGGGGACAAAAGAGGGACAAUGUCCCCACAUUUAUUCAGUGUCCCUAUCAUCUGCCCAUGUUAUAUAUUUGUAAACCCCCUGCCACCCCUAUGCCGCAAUGUUAAUGUCCCCACGGCUUCUGCGGUCACUGGUUGCAGAGGUUAAAAAGAUUAUGAAAUUGCAGACGAGGAAAUUGGACGCGUAUUUUAUGCAAAUUAGCCAACUGCUCCUGUCUUGCUGCUAUAAAUAUUAAACUAACAGUUAGCACUUUAGUUCCCGUCCAGUUUAUAAUUAUUCAUUUCAUGACCAAUAAUCUUCUUUGUUCUUAGGUAGCAUUUGUCUGUCAUAUUUUUGCUUCAACUUGUCCAACGGAGAACAGAGAAUUUUUGCGAGAGGCUUGCGAAUAUUUUUUUUGCAUGCAUAAAUAAUUCAUGUCUGAAAUAAUUGGCCAAGUGCUAAUUUAAGAAAGUAGAGUUUAUAAUUGUAACGAGAAAAUUCCACUUCACGUGGUGGAUGAUCUCUUUUGGAUUUAUCUACAUAUACAUUUUUAUUUCCAAAUGAAUGAAUUGCUACAUUUUAUGUAUAUGACAUGAAAUCAAUGAAGUUUUUUAAUCUGUGUUGAAGUUUAAUUAAGAUAAGAUACAAUUCGUUUUUUAAGUUUCCAUUUAAAAUUUUCCAUGUAAGUGUCGUACUAGUGUCGUAUCUUUCCAUUGCAAUGGAAAAUUACGACAAUUGUCGUAGUUUUCCAUCAAAUUAUUGCAUACGCAGUAACUUCACAAGCCGAAGUAACUUCAUAACUUGAUUUCAAGUCAUGAUUUAACCAACUAAAGUGACAAGAUGAAAAUGAACUAGAUUUUAGAAAUAGAAAUUUGCAUAAAAUUUUCAAGUUUCCAUUUAAAAUUAUUCAUAAAAUUUGCAAUUUUCCAUCAAAUUCUGGCCUAUGCAGUACUUUAUAAUCCUUUAUCUUUAAUUACAAUUCAUAGCUUUACAUCAAAUAUAACAUAUAACAAGAUUCAAAUUCUUAUCUAAUUUUCAGAAAUUGCAAUUUUUAUCAAAUUUUAUUUUAGCAUGAAAUUUAUCUUUUUGCAUUCUUCCAACGUGCCCCGAUUUCUGUUACACUUUUCAUAUUCUUAUUUACUUUUUUUAGAUUAUGCCGACGAGACGACCAUAGCGCAUAGAGAAAUUUUAAUUUAACUAUUUUCAACUUUAAUUAAAUACUAAUUAACUAAUUAAUACUUCAGUAGCUAAAUCACAAAGCAGUUCUCUUUAAUAAACUACGUGGACAGUAAGUAAACAGAAAUCAACAAUUUAAUCAAUAUGAUUGAUUGGGAGCCAACUCCUCCACAGCCGCGAGGUCACGAUGUCGACGAUGACGACGCCGUGAACGAAUGGAAUCCAAUGCAUGAAGAUUCGACAUCCAUUCGUAACAAGACUUCCGGCGGUCAGGUUUUCGAGGAUGUCGCCGCCCUGGGCGACGUUUUCUGUCCAUUCCAAAAGGAAAUGGAUAAGGUUUGCUUUAAAGGAAGCUCCUGCCGAUAUAAGCACGGUCAUUACACGUCGGAAAUCAAAUCAGCCCACCCAAAACUGCAGGACCGUCCAACGAGCAGCCUGAUUUUGGCGAAGAGCGAAUCCGCCCCCCUUCCCGAAGGUGUCGUCGCUUUGGCCUGGGUCACAUCCGUCGUGUCGCCUGCACUCUUUCAUGUCGUCCUUAAAACGCCACAGCACCCUUGUCUUUGCAAAAACAUGGCUAUUUCUCAGGAGGAUGAGCAAGAAGACGUCACUCCACAUGGACACAUUUCUCCUCAUUCCUCCGACCUGACCUCAUCGCUCGACGUCCUAUGGCGAAAUAUGCAAUCAUACUACAACUCAAAUCCAACGGGACGUCAACAGAACCACAAUUUUCAUCACUUUCGCGGAGAAUUGGUCGCCGUUCGGCUCAAUUUAGGAGGCGAAAAAGCGACCUCCGGAAUCAUUUCAGGUCAUAGAAAAGGCUGGUUUCGUGCCGUCGUUUUGGCCGAUACGGAUCCCGACCUAGACGCAGAUCAGGCACCAGACGUGUCCUUAGAAUUGGUAGACUAUGGGGCCAAGGUCACCAAAAGUUCGUUGGAUGUGACCCCGCUGCACGACAAGUUUGCCGAUGAUGCCCCCAUGGCUAUCAAGUGUUCUCUUUACGGAAUUAGUCCCCUCCUCGGAAAGUGGGGUUCGCGGGGGACGGAUUUCUUCACUCGGGCCGUUACCAAUCAAAUCGUUCUUCUCGAGGUCAAGAAAAGCCAACCGUCACUUCCCGUGCAGGUCAGCCUCUGCGUAAAAAUGGACGGCGUCAUGGUCCCCGUGACCCAGCGGAUGGGCGAACUGGGCCUUGGUCUUGAGUGGAAUAUGACCCCGAUGCGACCUUGGGUCACUUCCGACGUCCUCCAAGGACCUCAUCGUCACUCCUACGCCGUCAAACCCGUCGACACAAUGACUCCCCAGGAACAGGAAGCCUUAGCGAAAAAGAUAACGACACAAGUUAUCGCCGAGGAGCGGAAGCGAUUAAGUUGGUACAUUCUUAACAACUUUGGAAAAUAGUUAAAUUUUUAAUUAAUUUCUAAUCAUGAAAUGUGUAUAAAAUGUAAGAUUUUUGAUGAAUUUAUACUCAAAAUUUCAAAUAAAUUGAACUAUUUUGUGAUACAUAGAUA